UUAAUUCCCCCACUCUACCCAAGCCCUAGCCAGUACCUCAUCCUCUCUCUCUCUCUCUCUCACACUCUCUUUCUCUCUCUUCGCCGGAGCGCGGCGGCGGAAGGCGGCGGAGAUGUCGCACUUCGGGCGAUCGGGCCCGCCGGACAUCACCGACACCUACUCCCUCCUCGUCCUCAACAUCACCUUCCGUACGACCGCCGAUGAUCUGUUCCCGCUCUUCGACAAGUACGGCAAGGUCGUCGACAUCUUCAUACCGCGGGAUCGCAGGACGGGUGAGUCACGGGGUUUUGCAUUUGUUCGCUACAAGUAUGCUGAUGAGGCCCAGAAGGCUGUGGAGAAGCUUGAUGGAAGAGUUGUUGAUGGCCGAGAAAUCACUGUGCAGUUUGCAAAAUAUGGGCCUAAUGCUGAGAGGAUUCACAAGGGGAAGAUAAGUGAAAAUUUACCAAGAUCAAGGUACAGAUCAAGAAGUCGCAGCCCUCGGAGGAGGUAUCGAGAUGACUACAGGGACAGGGAUAGGGAUAGGAGGAGAAGUCGCAGCCGAAGUAGGGAUAGGUAUGAUCGUGAUAGGUAUCGUGGGAGGGACAAAGAUGAUCGUCGGCGGAGCAGAAGCCGCAGUGCAAGUCCUGAUUACUACAAAAGUCGCGGUAGAGGCCGCUAUGAUGAUGAGCGCAGGAGCAGGAGCAGGAGUCGGAGUCGAAGUCUAAGUCGCUCCAUGGACAGGUUGUGUCACGAUGAUCGUCUCCGUGCUUUGCACCGUUUGAACUGCCUUUUUACUGAUUUUUCUUUGUUUCUGUUUUCUCUUGUAGUGCUUCCCCUCGGCGCAGUCCACCACCUCGCCACAGCGCCAGCCCUGGAAGGAGUCCUUCUCCACGCAGGUCUCUCACUCCUAGGGGUGAAAGCCCUGAUAGACGCAGUCGUGAUGGACGAUCUCCGGUUCGAAGUGUUUCGCCCCGAGGUCGACGUUCUGAUUCUCGAAGUCCUUCUCCUAGGAAUUCAGACGUCGACGACUAAGUGUUCUGGAAAGCAUUGGGCGGAUGGGGAAUGCUUGGCUCUUUAAAAAUCUCUUUUCUGCGGCUCCAACUGUUGAACCUAGAUAUGUUAUGCUCGGGAAGCUGAGUGAUGGGCAUGAGUUGUUGAUACUGUUGCUGUUGAUUCACGUGAUUGAUCGUUGGUGGAUGAUCGAGAUUUUGGUGAUGGGUGCAUCAAAUUGGCUGAUAUAGCAGUAGAUAGCAGGGCAGGACAGUAACUAAUGUUGCCUAGAUGUUUCGAUAUGGUAAGGUCUAUUGCUGUUAAUCUUCAUUUUUAGGAAACUUAAUAUCCUUGCAGAUGCUGAUUCUUGACUUGAUUGUUGCGAUGGUUGAUGCCGAUUCCGUCCGUAAUGAAUGAACCUGUGAGUUUGCUGUGAUGGUCUGAGGUGGCCAACGAGUGAAAAUGCUUGAUCUGUAGCAGUUGCUGCAUCUGGGCUUUGUUGAUUCGUUAAUCUCGACGCUGAUGCUUAGUAAGAAUGGCUUUUGCCAAUCUCUUUCCAGCUACUUUUUAGGAAAUGGUAACAUCUUUAUAGUUGGUUAUGCCGUCUGGGAUUUUUUUCCCCUUCACUAAACCACCUUUAAUUCAUCUUGGAGGGAUUGUAACUUCUGUUGCUUAAUGUAGUGAGGAUGUAGAUUGGGUCCGUGAUUGUUGCAGUUGAAGUGGUAGCUGCUUUGUUAAUGGUUAUACGUGUGUUCGUGCAUAACUUUCCGGCCUUAAGAUAUAAACAACCGUAGCGGGGCUGUUGCUGGGAUCGGGUCAGAAGCAGCAGCUAUUAUUGUGGACCAUCGCUGCGUAGCUGGUCUUGCUGGCUUGUGGUUAAUCAGUUAUGAACUGAUUUUGUUGAGCACUGCCAAGUAUGUUUCGUCUGCGGUGGAAUGGUUUAUCUUAUGGUUAAUGGUAUCACAGACCUCACAUUUAACUUAACUAGUGGUUAUUUCUGCUAUUUAAGCAAUCGUCUUUUUUAAUAUUUCAUAUGAGAGAGGCUGUCAUUGUAUACAAGCGGAGCAUAUGAAAUUUACUGAUUUGCUUUCC